GGAGCUCAGGUGAGCGCGAGGUUCGCGAUCGAGUUUAUGUGCGUCUCGUGAAACAUUACUCACAGCACGUUGUAUUCGUCUACUCCGUGUCAAGUUUGGCACGCGACUGCGCUCGAAUGUGUUAAGAAGAGACGGGCGACGGUGAAUGAAGACUGGGAAGAGACGCUGCAGUGUGGUGCUCGUGUAUGUUUAUUUCUUUAUAUUUUUCGGGAGGCGCCUUUAUGGAAAUGAGCGUGCGUAACUCGCUUCCUGAUGGCAAAGCAGACGGGUUCGGAAGCUGUAACGGCCAUGCGACGGACAUCAAGGUGACGCUCUCGCACCCAGGCAAACGGAUGAGCCCGAUCGAGGGGGGCAGUUUGUACCGACUCCGAGACAGAAAGUUUCUGCUCGAGGACAAGCGGCGCCUUUCCGCUUGCGCGCUCGGAACCGCUCUCCUCGGCAUUCUCCUUAUGAUCCUGCACACCGAGCUCUGUCCCGCUGUUUACCUGCCGGGCUCCAUCUAUGCCCUCUGCAUAAACUGCCUCAUCAGCUUCUCCACUGGCUGUCUGCUCAUCCUUAUCAUCGCCUUCCAUUAUAAAGACAUCAGGCUCUUCAUCAUAGACCACAACCAGGUGGACUGGCGCAUUGCCAUGACCACCAACCGUGUUCUCUGCAUUUCUCUGGAGUUAUUGGUCUGUUCCCUCCACCCAGUGGGCAUCUAUUUAGGCCCCUUGACUGCAGCGACAAACUCUUCCUCCUCCUCCUCCACUCUCCCUACAGUUUCGACACCGCUGUGCCUCUGCAGCAGUCCCAUGGAGUCAUGGCUGGAGUUGGAGCUACUGCUAUCAGCACUGAUGUUCUUGCGCCUGUACCUGGUGCACCGGGCCAUUCUGCUUCACAGCAAGGUGCUGCUGAGUGCCUCUUAUAGGAGCAUCGGCUCACUCAACAACAUCAACUUCACUUUCCGCUUCGUUCUCAAGGUACUCAUGAACAAGUAUCCGGCACGCACGCUCCUGGUUUUUAUCAUGCUCUUCUGGUUUACCUCUGCCUGGAUGCUACGGCUGUGUGAAAGGCAGGCCCAGGUGGAGACGGGUGGUAUGGGUACAGCUCUCUGGCUCAUCGCUAUCACCUUCCUAACAGUAGGUUAUGGAGACGUGUCUCCCACAACCACCUGUGGCAAAGUGGUCUGCCUCUUCGCAGGCGUCAUGGGUGUAGCAUGCACUGCUAUGCUAGUUGCAGUUGUUACAAAGAAGCUGGCACUGAACAAAGGAGAGAAACAUGUUCACUUCUUCAUGAUGGAUAUCCAGAUCUCCAAAGAGAUCCGCAAUGCUGCUGCAAACGUGCUGAGAGAAUGCUGGCUUCUCCACCGCACCAUACAGGCCAGGGACAAGCACAGUGAGCACCGACGCCACCAAAGAUGUCUGCUGGAGGCCAUUCGGAUAUUUCGUCACCUGCGGCUGAAACAGAGAAAGCUGAGGGACUACACAAGUGAGAUGGUGGACCUCUCCAAGAUGCAGAUGAUCAUGUGUGACCUGAGUGCCAACUGGAACAACUCAUACAGAGAGCUCGAGCAGCGCAUUAUCUCUAUGGAGCAGAAGCUGGAUGAGUUGGGUCAGUCAUUCCAGUGUACAUCCGAGCUGCUGAGCCAAGCACUGCAGCAUCGCCACCUUGUCCACAGGUGACGUGGCAUAUAUUUCCUCCGGAACAAUACAGCGGAGGUUCAGAUCAAAACUGCACAAAGCUACUUGGAUCGGCUUAAAUGGAGGACUUGUGAUUUCUUCUUCAACAGACCUCCGGCGAGCAGUGGCUGCAUGGACUUCGUUUUUGAAAACAGGAAGAUUACUGCUCUUGGAGAUGGAAUUAUGACAAAAAAAAAAAUCAAAUGUAUUUAUGACAAUAUUUAUGUGUAUCUAUAUCUGCAGCACUGAAAAAAAGGGAAGGGGUUCAGUGUUUGAUGCUUUUCAGGUUUUAGUGAAAAUGUUUUCCUGUGUAAAUUCCAUUGUGCUUUAAAAGACAAAGUGAUCUUAACGCUUUUGAGCCCAUUUGAGUCCAUUUUAGGGCCAGUACAGUCCAAUUAGACCAAAAGUCUAUGACCAAGAACUUUUUUUUAUUAUUAUUUUAUCAGUUACCAUAAAUAGAUUUUGCCCAGCUGUGUUUAUUCUUCAGAAAUGUAUUAUUAAAACUGAGCCUAAUGUUUUAUCAAGUAAGAACUUCAUAUCAAUCUGGAUAUCCUGUUUCCUAAAACAUAUUCAUGUGAAAUGUUGUAAGGCCACACAUUUCCUUCAAUGCACCAUGUUACACUUGUGAGGUUGAACACAUUUGCCAUGUAGCCAAAAGUGAUCAGCUUCUUACACUAUUUUUAAAUUCUACAGGGUAAGGGUUGUAAAAGUGAUCUAGGAUACAGUCUAUAUUUCUGUUUUCAAGGAAAUCUAGUGGCCCCUUCAAAGACAAUCCACGUUAUCCAUUCAAUCCAUAUCUGUUGGAAAAUGAAUAAAGCAGUUUUUUUUCUUUUCAUUUUAGCCAACAGUCUAGACUACAUGUGAUGUUUUAUAAUAUUGGCCUGAAUUUUAGGUGUAUUUUUGACAAGUCUAGAAUCUUCUAGAAAUUCAGCAUGUCAGAUUGAGUUACUAGGGUACUUUUGUGACCUGGUCUAUAAAAUGUACCUUAAAGUAGUGCUAUGUCUCAUUCUAAAUGAAAUACACUUUGUGUCACAGUUACAGGUUUGGAGUCUAAUCAUGUGGCCUCUUUUCUCAGUUUUCUCUCUCUUGUUUUUGUUUUUUACUGACACAAGAGCAAAGCAUUCAAGCUUUGGAUUGCAGCCAUUACUGAAUGAUAGAAAGCCAAUAAAGAAGAUUUCAAGCACUGGAAGCAUCAGAGGAAAUAGUCUGUUUAAUUUGUCAUGAAUUAGUUGCUGUAAUGAAGGAA